CAGAUCAGGGGCGCGGGCAUAUGGCUACAACUCUGGGCCUUAGGACAGGCUGAGCUAGGUGCAGGACAAGGAGCAAGCAGGAAUAGAAACCCUGGCUAAGACACAUAGGAAGGAGUCACUUGAGCAAGGCAUCCUGCUAUCCGAGAGCCCUUUGCACAGGACGUUGAUGAUCUGAGGCAGAAGACAAGGAAUGCUGCUUGUGGAUAUACUAAGUCACUCCAGGAACACCACCAGACUCAUGAACUUAUCAACUAAACAAGAUGAAACCCCUCACUUGGAUCUCUAAAAGAGGAGUCUGCGGUGUUGCUGUGGGGUACCCUCUGGAUACAGUGAAGGUCAGAAUCCAGACUGAGGCCAAGUAUACAAGCAUCUGGCACUGCAUCCGGGACACAUAUUGUCAAGAGCGGGUGUGGGGCUUCUACAGGGGCCUCUCACUGCCCGUGUGCACAGUGUCCCUGGUGUCAUCUGUAUCUUUUGGUACCUACCACCACUGCCUGGCUCACAUUUGCCGCUUCCGGUAUGGCAGCACAGACGCCAAGCCCACCAAGGCUGAUAUCACACUCUCAGGAUGUGCCUCUGGCCUUGUCCGGGUGUUCCUGACGUCACCCACUGAGGUGGCCAAAGUCCGCCUGCAGACACAGGCCCAAGCUCAGACACAGCAGUGGAGGCCCUCGGCCUCCUGGACAUCUGUGGCUCCUGCUUUGUGUCCUGCACCCACUGCUUGCCUGGAGCCCAGGCCUAAGUACAGUGGGCCACUGCACUGUUUAGUCACAGUGGCCCGAGAGGAGGGACUGCGGGGACUCUACAAGGGCAGCUCGGCUCUGCUCCUCCGUGAAGGUCAUUCCUUUGCCACUUACUUUCUCUCCUAUGCUAUGCUCUGCGAGUGGCUCACUCCUGCUGGCCAUAGCCAGCCAGAUGUCCUAGGUGUGCUGGUGGCUGGAGGCUGCGCUGGGGUCAUGGCCUGGGCUGUGGCUACCCCCAUGGAUGUGAUCAAGUCCCGCCUGCAGGCGGAUGGGCAGGGCCAGCAGCGCUACCGGGGCCUUCUGCACUGUGUGGUGACCAGCGUGCGGGAGGAGGGUCCCAGGGUGCUCUUCAAGGGGCUGGCACUCAACUGCUGUCGUGCCUUUCCUGUCAACAUGGUGGUCUUUGUGGCUUAUGAGGCUGUGCUGAGGCUCACUCAGAGCUUGCUCACAUAGGCAUCCCUGUCACAUAGCAGCUGGAAACAAAGGGGAGUAUGGGUAGGCUCAGGGUCCCACAGGGCUGUCACUGGAACAGCAGAAGGCCUUCUGUGCCCUGACUUAGGGGAGGCCUGAGCUUAGCCAGCCCAGCUGCUGAUCACAAAGUCAGGGAGUUGAUCUGCCAUCUGCUUAGGGGUCAUGAGUCAGAAUUGUGUUGGUCUCCUCGAUGAGGACAUGUGUCAGUUGGAGUCAUUUGUCACAUGAACAACUGUUCAUUCCUGCUUGUACUGCCAUGCCCACACCCAUUUCAGAGCAUAGCCUCACCAACCUCUCCGGGUGCUAGGCCAACCUCUAACCCCAGUUCCACUCAACAUCCACUGAUUCACACUGUCCCCUUAGAGACAAUAAGCUGGUUACAUCUGACUGUAGGCUGUGCUGGUUCCCUGCCCUAGGCCACUCAGAGUGGCCGCCAUUCUCGUUGACGGAAUGGGUGCAGGGCAUUACCAUCACAUAACCACACUGCCUGUAGGUGCUGUGCUGGCCACAUAAAGAUCCUGGAAGCUGGGCAGUGGUGGCACAUGCCUUUAAUCCCAGCACUUGGGAGGCAGAGGCAGGCGGAUUUCUGAGUUCGAGGCCAGCCUGGUCUACAG